CCAGAAUUACGUGCCAGACCAAGGAAGCGUUGACUAGUACUCCGGAGGGCUAUUUCCGUCAUUUCGUGUACUAAAUCUCACUGGCCCCUAAACCCAGUCCUCUAGCACUCCGCUGUCUUCUUCCCCUCGUCUCCCUUCCAUGCGGCAGAGCUAGACUGCAAGACUGUGCGACCUCACGUAUACUCCCAAGAAAUGGCAGGGCUGUAGUUUAGUGGAGUAGUUCGCGGAGACAGAGAGAGUGAGCGGGACUCCGAGAGAAGAGUGCUUCCUCCGUAGCUCGCAAUGGCGGCUGCGAUGCGUGUGCUCGCAGCAAUGGCGGUGUUGGUGGCGGCAUUAGCGUCCGCGGCGAAGGCGCUGAACACGGACGGGCUGGCGCUGCUGGCGCUCAAGUUCGCGGUGUCCGACGACCCCGGCAGCGCGCUGGCCACGUGGCGGGACGGCGACGCGGACCCCUGCAGCUGGUUGGGGGUCACCUGCGCCGACGGCGGCGGGGGCCGGGUCGCCGCCGUGGAGCUCGCGAACCUCUCGCUGGCCGGCUACCUCCCCUCGGAGCUCUCCCUGCUGUCCGAGCUCCAGACGCUCUCGCUCCCCUCCAACCGCCUCUCCGGCCAGAUCCCAGCCGCCGCCAUCGCCGCGCUGCAGAACCUCGUCACCCUCAACCUCGCGCACAACUUCCUCACCGGCCAGAUCCCGCCCGGGAUUUCCCGCCUCGCGUCGUUGUCCCGCCUCGAUUUGUCCUCCAACCAGCUCAACGGGACUCUCCCGCCGGGGAUCGCGGGGCUGCCGCGGCUCUCCGGGGUUCUGAAUCUGAGCUAUAAUCACUUCACCGGCGGGAUCCCGCCGGAGUUCGGGGGGAUUCCUGUCGCCGUGAGCCUCGACCUCCGCGGGAACGACCUCGCCGGCGAGAUCCCGCAGGUGGGGUCCCUCGUCAACCAGGGCCCCACCGCCUUCGACGACAACCCGAGCCUCUGCGGAUUUCCGCUCAAGGUCGAGUGCGCCGGCGCGAGGGACGAGCCGAGGAUCCCGCAGGCGAACACGAAUGGGAUGAACCCUGGCGCGGCGGCGGCGGAGGUGGGGAGGAGGCCAGGGAAGAAGCGGUCGUCGUCGCCGACGCUCGCGAUCCUCGCUGUGGUCGUGGUGGCGGCCAUUGUCGCCGGGCUCGUGCUGCAGUGGCAGUGCCGGAGGCGGUGCGCCGCCGCGGGCAGGGACGAGGAGAAGGAGUCGUCGGCGUCGUCGGCGAAGGAGAAGAAGGUAAGCGGGGCGGCGGGGAUGACGCUCGCAGGCAGCGAAGAGCGUCAUCACAACGGCGGCAGCGGGGGCGGGGAAGAAGGGGAGCUGUUCGUGGCCGUGGACGAAGGGUUCGGGAUGGAGCUGGAGGAGCUGCUCCGGGCGUCGGCGUACGUCGUGGGGAAGAGCCGAGGGGGCAUCGUGUACAGGGUCGUCCCCGGCCGCGGCCCCGCCGUGGCCGUCCGCCGCCUGAGCGAGCCCGACGACGGUGAGGGCGAGUCCGGCUGGCGCCGCCGUCGCGCGUUCGAGUCGGAGGCCGCCGCCAUCGGCCGCGCGAGACACCCCAACGUCGCCCGCCUCCGCGCAUACUACUACGCCCCCGACGAGAAGCUCCUCAUCUACGACUACCUCGCCAAUGGCUCCCUCCACUCCGCCCUCCACGGGGGGCCGACGGCGUCGCCGACGCCAUUGCCAUGGUCGAUGAGGCUGUCCAUCGUGCAGGGGGCGGCAAGGGGUCUGGCAUACUUACACGAGUGCAGCCCGCGGCGGUACGUGCACGGCUGCAUCAAGUCCUCCAAGAUCCUCCUUGACGACGAGCUCCGGGCGCACGUGUCCGGCUUCGGCCUGGCACGCCUCGUCGUGGCGGGGGCGCACAAGGCGCACUCGAAGAAGCUCGCCUGCGCGCUCCGCAACAACGGCAAUGGCGCUGUGCCGUACGUGGCGCCGGAGCUGCGGGUUGCAGGCAAUGGCGCUAAUGGCGCGGCGGCGGCUACGCAGAAGGGGGACGUGUUCGCGUUCGGGGUGGUGCUGCUGGAGGCGGUGACGGGGCGGCAGCCGGCGGAGGGGGAAGGCGGGGCGGAGCUGGAGGCGUGGGUGCGGCGGGCGUUCAAGGAGGAGCGGCCGCUGUCGGAGGUGGUCGACCCGACGCUGCUGGGCGAGGUGCACGCCAAGAAGCAGGUGCUCGCCGUCUUCCAUGUCGCGCUCGGAUGCACCGAACCCGACCCCGAGAUGCGGCCCCGCAUGCGCGCCGUCGCCGACAGCCUCGACCGGAUCAACAACUGCUAGCCCGGCCGUCCCGUCCAUUGAUUCGCCAACCGCAGCUGCUGCUCCACCGGAUCGAUCCAGGGAAGAAGAACGAGGAAAACAAAAGGCUAAGAAGACCGUUUUCAUCAGCAAAAUCUUUAGCUCCGCAGAUUAGAGAAGGUAGAAUUAAGCAAGAAGAAACUGAUGGUCGUUCGCUGAUCUGCACUGUUAGUAACAAGUUAAUCUGCUAGUAUUCAUCUAAUCAUGUUUUGACUAGCUGCAACCUCUGCAGCCGUGCAAGUGUAAUUGACGACCUCUUCUGGACAGCUCUCCAACUGCUUUUCUUUUUCCCUAGCAUUGUUCGAAGUUUGCACUUCUCGUUUUAGGGAAAACUGAGAAAGAAAACGCCUUAGGCUUUCUUGGA